CCGGCGCAGAUUUUAUAAAGAGAUGUCCUUUUUCCCUAAAAUCUCUUUCCGGUGUGAAGUUGAAGAGUAUCUCACCAAAGUGUUCAGUAAUAAAGAGCUUAUCACAGCUUUAGGUACACAGGAGGCAGAGAAUAAAUAUCAAUCUCUGUUAAGUCGUCUAUCUCAUCCACCAAGUUUUACAACUGUAAGAGUUAAUACCCACUUGGCCUCAGUGAAACACGUGAAAAAAUUGCUGUUUGAAGAGAUCCAGAAGCAGUUCAAAGGACCAUAUGUUCCAGUUCUUGAGCACCCAAAACUCCAGGACAUCCUAUUAAUUCCUGUCAUUGGACCCAGGCAAGACUUAAAAAAACAUCCAUCUGAAGUAAUUGUUGGAGCCCAGUGUGGAUAUGCCGUACUUCGAGGAGCACAUGUUUAUGUCCCUGGAAUCGUAUCUACAUCAAGAUUUGUGAAAGCUGGAGAUCUGGUCUCAGUGUAUUCGGAUAUUGAAGGGAAGUGUAAAAGAGGAGCCAAAGAAUUUGAAGGAGUCAAAGUUUUCCUUGGAAAUGGGAUUUCAGAACUGAGUCGUAGUGAAAUCUUCAGUUCAAGUGGCCCAUUGAAGGGGCUAGGUGUAAGAAUGAUAGAACCAGUCUACCUUAGUCCUUCAUUUGACAAUGUGCUCCCUAGUCAUUUGUUUUUACAGAAUUUACCUUCUGUGGUUGUGAGCCACAUUUUAAACCCUCAACCAGGAGAGAAAAUUUUGGAUAUGUGUGCUGCACCUGGAGGAAAAGCAACCCAUCUUGCAACAUUAAUGCAUGACCAGGGUGAAGUAAUAGCCAUGGACAGGAUAGCUAAAAAGGUCAAAAAAAUCAAGCUGAACGCUGAAUUGCUACAAUUGAAUUGCAUUAAGGCCUUUUGCUAUGAUGGAACAAAGGCUCUUUCAGUUGAGAAGCGAGAGGAUGAACAAGAAGGACCUCCAUUCUUACCAGAAUCAUUUGACCGGAUUCUUCUUGAUGCUCCAUGUAGUGGUAUGGGGCAGAGACCAAACAUGGCUUAUUCUUCAACUUUAAAGGAAGUGACCUCUUAUCAGCCACUACAGCGCAAGCUUUUCACUGUGGCAGUGAACUUGCUGAAGCCAGGAGGUGUUUUAGUUUAUAGUACAUGUACCAUUACACUUUCUGAAAACGAAGAGCAAGUUGCUUGGGCCCUGAAAAGAUUUCCAUGCCUCCAACUUCAUCCACAGGAACCUCACAUUGGAGGAGAAGGCAUGAAGGGAGCUGGACUGUCACUUGAUCAGCUGAAGCUGCUGCAGAGGUUUGAUCCAGCUGCUGUGACAUUGCAAGGAAUGGAUAUUAAUUCUUUGCAAGAUUCCAGAGAAGAUGACCUGAUCUCAUUGGCAAAUAAGGACUGUAUAGGAUUUUUCAUUGCAAAAUUUAUUAAAUCGAAGAGUAAAUAAGGAUCUGGGAAUGCAACCUGAAAAAAAUACCUCAGUGCGUCUAAGAACAGUUCAGACGUGAAGUGCGUUUCUUCCUGCUGCAGUGUUACCAAGCCAACGGACUGACGGCAGGGUUGCUAUGGCAGCAGUAAAAUCCGCCAGCUGUUCUGAUGGGAAAGAGCCACAGGUUGCAGCAAGAAAGUCAUGGGUGGGGGAAGGGUAGUGUCAUUUUUAAGUCUUCCUUCGCUUUUGUAUUUACAGGUCAGUGCCUGAAUGACAAGUAUGUUCACUCAUACUGGUGUUGCUUAUGUGGUGCAGCAAGUGUAGGAAGGGGAUGUAAGCUACUUCAUGAAAUGCAAACAUUAAUAAAAUAGAUGGGAGCUAUUAUAAUGAAUUUUUGAAAAGGAAGUUUCUAUGGAGGCUUACUGAUAAUUAAUGUUUCAUUAAAUAGUGCUUCACAAAACACUGUAACAUGUUACAAAGAACUGUUUUAUAAAUUGAUACUUAGAACCUCAUUUCUCUUUUAUUUUAAUACAAGCAAGAUUCUCUGUACACAUAGUAUAUACACAAAAUACGAUUAGGCUUUGUAGCAUGUCUUUUAUAGCAGCAUGAAUAUAUUAAACCAUCUCACUCUGGGAAUGUAAAUAAAUAUUGUUUCAACAUCAAA